AUGUUUAAGCAGCUAUCUCAGUUGGGCAAGAACUUGUCUGAUGAGCUCGCCAAGGGCUUGAGCGAGGAUUUGAAUGAUGGGCAGGAUCAAUUCGACUCUAAUAGUGAUCUCCCACGAGACAUCCAAGUAAAAUUGAGAAAAUUUGAGAAGUACGAGCAGAAAUAUCCGCUCCUAUUAGCCGCUUACAAGAACGAGAAGGUUAAAAAUGAAAAGCUUCUAAGUAUUCAGAAAGUUUUGAGUGAAAAUACACCGGUCUCAUCGCUUGAGGAUUUGCACUCAUUACAAGGCUUCUUCGAAAAUCUCGAAACUAAGACUACGAUGCUGAAUGACGAAAUUAAGCGCUUGAGUCUAGACAAUAAUGAAAAAUCUCAGAAAGUGGCCACGUAUGAAGCUGAAAUCCAGGAGCUGCGGCAAGAUAAUGAACUUCUGAAAAAGGAUCAAGCAUCUGAAACUACUAAGGUGGAUGAGGAUUUGGUGUCCGAGAAUCUUGAGAUCAAAAAGCAACUGGAACAAAGCGAAUCGGAGCUCGCUGAGACCAGGGAAAAACUACGCUCCGAGGAAUCUGAAAAAACUAAUCUGGACACUAGACUUGGCGAGGCCCUGUCAGAAAUCGAGAAAUGGAAAGCACAGCUUGAGAAAGGCAGAGCGCUUCAAGCACCUCCAAACAAUCAGGACUCAGAGGAUGCCAAAAACGUCGCACACACUCAGGCAAGCUCUCAUUCAAAGAAGAAGAAAAAGAAGGGCAAAAAGAAAAAUAGCGUUCCUGCUAAAGAGCCAGUUCCUGAUCAGUCCAAAGAUUUCGCCGAUGGGGAAGACGAUAUAGCAAAUCUGUCUCCAGCGGAUAAUUCCAACAAAAACGUUGAACAGGACAAUACCGAUAAAAGCGAGACCUCUUCGGCAAGCAGGGAUCUAGAUGACAGUUUGCGCAGCCUCACCGAGGAGAAUUUUAUCCUGAAGGAAGACUUGCAAAAAGUGAGGGAACUUCUCAAAAGCAAGUCUGAAGAACUCGAGCAUAUGAAUGACAUUGUAAGGAGCGUGGGCAACGAGCUUGUCGAAGCUAAAGAUGAACUCAAGGGUACGAAAAAUGGAAAGUCCGAAGAGCUGAAGGCUUUGCAAGACAAAAUCGAAGAACUUACAAAAGAGAAGGAAAACCACUCUAAGCGCAGCAGCGAAAUCAAAAUUGAAGCAGAAAAUCUAAGGAAAGAACUCGAGAAAGUGACUCAGACACUUUCCAACAAAGAACAACAGGCCUCAUCAGCUCUUGAUCAAUUUGCAAAGCAGAAAAGAGAAUUUGAAAACAAGUAUGCGCAAUUAAACGACGAGCUGAAUAAGACGAAACAGUCAAAUAAGACCUUGGGCGAUCAGAUGACGGAAUACUCAAAUCUAAAGAGGAAUUCGUCCUCCUUAAGGCUGAGUCUAGAUCAGAAGAUGAAAACGGUAACCUACUUGGAGCAGCAAGUUAAAGAGUAUAGUGCAAAAGAAGAACAGGCAAAGUUGAGGUUUAAAGAAGUCAAAGUGGAAGCUGAAAGGCUUGGGAAGCAAAUGAAAGAGCUGAAAGCAGAAAACGAAACAUUGAAAGCCAACCUCAGCAAGAAGGAAAGCUCACUAGAAAGUUUUAUCAAAGAAAAUGGUAAACUCUCCGAACGGUACGAUGUUCUUAGCGAAAAGUAUGAGAUGCUACAAAACAUGAAAAGUAACUCUUCAGAUCAAGUAGAAGCAUAUCGCAAGCGAUAUGAGGAAUUAAAUUUGAAGUUAAAAGAGGCCCUCAGAAGUCUAUCCUCCGUGGAGGAUGAGCUCAACGAGAAUACGAGCUUAUUGCAAGAAAGAACAAGGGAAGCGACUGCCAUGCGAAGACUAUUGUCCCAAAAUCAGCGAGAUCUUGAGGAAAAGUCAAAGCAACUAGAAGAAAAAGAGAAAAUCGCCAAUGAGGAGAGGUCACAGCUCCAGUCUGAGAUUGCAGUGAAAACAGCUAGAUUAAACAAUGAAAUGGGCAGUUUAACGGAAAUAAAUGCGCGAUUGAAGGACGAGGUGCAUCUCCUGCAGGAGCGGAUCAAAUUGUUGGAAGAAGAAGAAAAACGAGUUAAAGCCGCGAACCUAAAAAUGAAGGAUAUCGCGGAUGAGCACAAUAAAACUUCUAAUGAGGUUAGCUUCACUCUGAAUAGUCUGAGGGAAGAUUUCUUGAAAGCAGAAAAAAAAAUUCGUAAACUUGAGGUCACGAAAGAGGAGCUCCGUGAAUUAAAUCUAGAUCUAGAGAAGAAGUUGGAAAAGGUUACGAAGAAUUAUAAGUCUCUCUCGAGUCAACUGACGUCGGCUAGAGAAAAGGGUGCUGCAAACUCUCUGUCGCGUUCCAAUUCAGUCAUUUCUAUGCCAAGCCGGAGUAAUUCUGUUGUCAAUCUUGGAAAUGGUGCUCAAAAUUCAGAUUUUUCACCAUCCCAUGGAGGAAGAUCCAAUUUCGAGUUCAAUGAAAAGAUUGCAUAUAUAAAGAAUGUCCUCAUUGGAUUCCUCGAACACAGGGAGCAAAGAGAUCAACUUCUACCUGUAAUUUCGACUUUGCUUCAGCUGGACAGCAAUGACGAAAGAAGACUUUUGGUAUCAUUGAAAUAA